AUGCAAAACCCAGUUCCAGUAGGAAACCCAUCCAUUCAAAAUUCAGCAUCAGCUCCAGAGAAUGAUCUCAUAUCAUUUGAUGAAAGCCAACUGAUGCAUCAGCCAGCCCAGCUGAGAGAAGAAAAUAUGCCAGCUGUUGACCUUUUAACUGAUGAUAUUCCAAAUAUAAAAGCUGGUCCAAGUUCUAUUAUUCAAGGAGAACAAAAAAAGAAAUCAGUUUUAAUGAUAGAUGAGUUGAUAAAAUGGUUAACAAAACCAGGAAUUAAAAAUAAUAAAAAAAUUAGAUCAAAUCCUAUACCUAAAACAAAUGAAGAAUGGUAUGAUUUAAUGGAAACUAAUAAUGAAGAUAGUGAACCAAGUGAUUCAAAAUAUGAUACAACCGAUGAAGAUCCAAAUAUCUAUUUUGAAAAAAUCAAAGAUCCAUAUAUUAAUAGAAUAUCGGAAACCGAAAAAUUUAAUAAAAGAGAACAUGAAACUAUAGAAAUUAUUAGAGAAGAUCGAAUUAACGCAACUAUAGAAAAAGGAUAUAAUGAAAUUAUAGACCAAAUUGAGGAUGAAGCAAUACAAGAAUCAGGAUGGUCAUUUGUUCAAACAGAAGAAGUAUUUCUUGAGAUAAGUGCAUUCAGGCCACUACGUGGUAGUAACUAUUUACCUUUAUCAGAAGCUUUGGAUAAACCUCAACUAGGAUUAAUUAAUCUGCAAAAUAAUGAUGAUAACGAGUGUUUUAAAUGGUGUAUAAGUGCAUAUCAUACAAGAGAGGAAGUAUUAAAAGCUAAUAGGAAGCCACCCCAUCUUAAUGAAAUUCGAAGACUUAGGCAAAAUGCGAAUAUUGCUAAUUUUAAUAAUAUAAAUUUUCUUGCCACACUAUAUGAUAUAGAUAAAUUCGAAGAAAACAAUUCUAAUUAUGCUAUAAAUAUAUUUAUGCCAGUGUAUAAAGAAGUGUUCAGAAAAAUAAAAGUUGAUAUAAAUUCAUUACAUAUCUCUAAAAGAAAUUAUCAAGUCAAACAUAUGAUAGAUUUAUUAUAUUUAACGAAAGAUUUCACACGAUUAAUGCAUAAGUGGAAUAACUAUUAUGGUCCAAGUAAAGCCUCACAACAUUUAAUUUUUCCAGAAGAAGAAGCAAAAGAAAUCGAAGCAGAGGAAAAAGAUAAAGAAGGAAAUACCAUAAAAGAAGCAAAGCAGAUAGCACGAAAAUAUCAAACAACAAAUAAAUGCUGGAUAUGUGAAGAAAAAUUACACGAAUCAGGAUACAAUAAAAUUCGGGUAUUCGAUCCAGAAACCAAGAAAUAUUUAGGAGCUUCACAUAGAAAAUAUUACGGAAAAAAAGAAUUGAUUCGAGGUAAAUGGAAGGAUGAAAAUGCAGAUAUUAGAGUUACUGGUUAUGUCGGAGUUAGAGCGAAAUGUUAUAGUGUUAUUACAAAAAAUCCACAAAAAAAUAUGAUCAAAGCAAAGAGUCUUAAAAAGUCUCUUAUCAAGAAAGAGCUUAUAUAUAAAAUAUUCGAAGAUUAUGUUUUAGAAGGAAAAGAGGAUCAACCACAAACCGCUCAAUUCCUCCGAAGUUACAGACAUUAA